AUGAGACUCCAUUCAAUUACAUCGGCUGCACUCUCCCUCGCGGGCCUGGCAUCCGCUGCUUUUAUGCGCGGGAAUGGCAUCAAGGUCGGUCCCAUCGACGAGACGGUCCAGCUCCGGAGCGUCUCCAGCACCAACCAGAGCACCACCGGCUGGGGCACGUUCGAGCAGCUUCUCGACCACAAUGACCCCAGCCAGGGCACGUUCAGCCAGCGAUUCUGGUACGGGAUCGAGCACUGGAAGGGCCCGGGGUCGCCCAUCUUCAUGGUCAACCCCGGAGAGCAGGCCGGCACAAACUUCAACAAGACUUACACCACCACUGCGCGGCUGCCCGGGCUCUUUGCCCAGGAGCUGGGCGGCGCCGUCGUCAUCCUCGAGCACCGAUACUGGGGCGAGUCUUCCCCCUUCGAGGAGCUCACCGUCGCCAAUCUCACUUGGUUGACCCUGGAGCAGAGCAUCAAGGACAAUAUCUACUUUGCCAAGAACUUCAACCCCCCCUUCGAUACCACAGGAGGGAGCAAGCCUGAUAAGGCCCCCUGGGUCUUCUCCGGUGGCUCCUACUCUGGUGCCCUGGCCGGCUGGCUUGCAGCUCUUGAGCCGGGCACUUUCUGGGCCUACCACGGGACCAGCGGUGUCGUCGAGAUCAUCUCGGAUUUCUGGCAGUACUUCACGCCUGUGCUCGAGGCGACGCCCAAGAACUGCAGCCGCGAUAUCAACGACGCCAUUGAGUACAUUGACCACGUUCUCCUGCAUGGAAAUGCUAAGCAGAAGCACGAGCUGAAGGACAAGUUUCUGCUUGCUGAUCUUGCUGAUGCCGAUUUCGCUUCCGCCCUUGAGUAUGGACCAUGGCAAUGGCAGUCGACCCAAUUCUAUUCCGAGAAGGUCAAUGGCUUCAAUUCCUAUUACCGAUUCUGCGACUACGUUGAGAAUGUCUGGCCCAACUCUACCAACAAGGUCCCAGGUGCUCACGGUGUGGGGAGAGCCAAGGCCAUCGAAGGCUACGCCAAAUGGUUCAAGGAGGAGCUCCUUCCAGGCAACUGCGAGGCCUCCGGAUAUGAUGAUUGGCAGGGAACGUACAACACGGGCUGCUUCGCUAAUCAAAACUCAUCCAACAUCAUAUUCAAGGAUCUCAGCGUUGGCAACUGGGGUAACCGACAGUGGAACUGGAUGCUGUGCAACGACCCGCUCAAGUACUGGCAGACCGGUGCACCAAAGGGCCAACCGACCCUCGUAUCCAGACUCGUCAACGUCGACUACUGGGAGUCGCAGUGCAAGUCCUGGUUCCCCGAGGGCGGCUACGGCAUCGAGAAGGGCAAGACCGAGGCGGACGUCAACCGCUACACCGGCGGCUGGUUCGCGAAGAACACCACGCGCCUCAUGGACACCAAUGGCCAGCGCGACCCCUGGCGCGACGUCACCGUGAGCUCCAUCUACCGCCCUGGCGGCCCGCUCGAGAGCACCCCCGAGCACCCGGUUCGCGUUGUCCCCGGUGGAGUUCACUGCCCCGACUACUACGGGCAGAACUGGGAGGCCAACGAGGAGGUGAAGAAGAUCGCCUACGAUGAGGUGGAAAAUAUGAGGGAGUGGGUGAACGAGUUCUACGAGCAAUAG